AUGGAUAUCGAGACAUUUGCAUCAAUCUACGAGCAAGACCCAUCACUUGUCGACUCACAAGAUGCCUAUGGAUAUACCCCUUUGAUGAUCGCCGUGAUGUCGGGACGGACCGAAGUGGCCGAUUUCUUGAUUGCAAAGGGUUCGAACUUGAGCCAUGUCGACAAGGACGGGCACAACGUCGUCCACUGGGCUGUAGUUUGUGGCCAGCUGGAAACGCUUACUCUGGUUUUGGAACGAGGCGCCGAUCCGGCCGUGCCGGAUUUGAUGAAGGCCCACCCGCUCCAUUACUCCACGGCAGCCGAAGAGAUCCCCAGCGAUACCGCGAUUGCGAUUUUGCAUACGCUGUUAAAAAAAGGGGCACACGUGAACUGUGUGGACAUUGACGAGCGGACGCCGAUCCUUUGGGCGGCUAGUAACGGCAACAUCGAGGCGCUGAUCUCGUUGACGCAAGCCGGUGGGGAUAUUCAGGCAGUGGAUCGAGAUCGACUGGGCGUUUUGCACUGCGCAGCCAGCCAUGGAUAUCACGAGAUCAUCGAACGAUGUCUCCAAUCGAUGCCCCGUAAAUUGGUGGACGCGAGGGAUCGACAGGGGAAUACACCGCUCUUCUAUGCGGUCUCACAUGGACAUUACGAUGCUGCAAGGCUACUACUCGCUGCCGGAUCCAACCCUAAUCAUCAGGACAACCGGCUGCGCACGUCUUCUCAUUGUGCCGCCGCAAAAGGGCAGCUUCGGAUGCUGAAGCUACUCAAGCAAUUCGGCGCCUCAUUCGAGAUCCAGAACUACCGUGGGGAUUUGCCGUUGCAUGAAGCUGUACAGGCCGGUAGCAAAGAAGUAGCUGACUGGCUUCUGCAGUUACAUCCGACAUCGCUGGAUGCCGCAUCACAUGAGGGCCGAACUGGAUUACAUUUGGCCGCCGCCACCGGAAACAUCGAAAUGGUCGUGUUUCUUUGCAGCCAGGGCGGCCAGAUCAACCCGUUGAUGUUGUAUCGCGACAAUAUGUACACACCGCUGGAUUUGGCCAAGCGAAAGGACCAUCAGGUGGUGGUGGAGUACCUGACGAUGCGCCACUCGGCCAAACUGGCCACCGAAGUGCCCGAAGAGGAACGGCUGAGCAACAAGCUACACUUUGAGGAGCAGAUUGUUAAUGCGAAGCUAAACCGCGGCAAAAUUCUGCGCCAGGAGAGCUCAUCGGAGUUGUCGGCCAGGAGAUUAAGAAGGCGCCGCACGUCAUCCGAAAUGUUGAUAAAAGCCACGCAGACGAUGACGCCAGAAGAUGAUAGUGGGGAUAAGCAUCAUGCGAAGCAACGCAGGCCAGUAACUUCGGAUCAGGCGAGAUUCCCGAAAUCGACGAGCACCACCGAUUUGGCGGGUGGUCAGAAGGACAAGUACGAGAAUCGCAUCGAACGCAUCCUGCAAGAAGAAAUCCGGAAGGCCAUCGAAGAGCAACGAGGGGAAACGACCCUGGAUUCACCACGUUUGGUUGCCAAGAAAAGCCCGAGAAAAGAUUCGAGCGGCGACUCGUCGGAAGAAGAUUUAAUUAUGAAACGUCGAGUAAGAGCGCAAAAAUCGAAUCUGGACACACAAAACAUUGAAGGGGAUGUGUCGAGUGUUCCGGAAAAUGAAAUCGAUCCCUCAUUACUUGGCAAAAGCAUUUCUGAUUCGUCAGAAGCUGAGGAAGAGGAGGGGAAUGAUGGCCAGGAAAAUAAGUCGCGCGGAAUGCGCCCGAAAUCGGCAAAACCACGCGGAGGUCACGAGCGCCCGGCGCAUUCAGCCCACAAAAAAUCCCCAUCGGCCGGCUCGCAAAAAUCAAAAGUGGUCCGCCUAAACACCAAGGAAAACGAUGAUGAGGAAAACGUCGAUCGCGUGGGUGGUGGGGACAAAGUGCUGCUCAGAUCCAAACGCUCAAAGUCCGCCUCAACAACAAAACUUUCCAAAAAACGGGCCGUAAAAACGGCAAUUUCCGAGUACGAGGCAAUACAGCGGCAUUUCUUGACGCUGUCUCCCGGAUGGCGAAUGCCCGGGAUACGGAUCAAGCGCGAACCGGAAUUCGGGGACGACGAGGGCGAUUUUGCGAUUUAUGAGGACGACUGGGAGGAGCUGGACACCACGAAGCCUACAGGAAAAGAGGCCCGCCGACGGUACAUCCACGAGAAGGCCAUUUUCCAGGAGUUGACCCAUUUGAAGCGGAUGCAGAUACAGUACGGCAAGGUGCAAGAAAAACUCCUGGUCCGGUCGUUGGUCGGCAAUUUCUGCAAGAUGCACGGCCUCAGCCCGGCCGACUUCAAGUUCUACACGUUCUACGCAUGGGAAAAGUUCCUCUAUGACCAGCUGAAGCUCAUUUAUCUCGAGGAAAGGGAGAGGAUCGCCGGACAAGCCGGAUUUUCCAAGAACGGAGCUGCACAGCGGUUUUCGCGAUUCGAAAAUCGUCUCCGCCAAGCCAGAGCCGUGCCGAUUAAUGAUAAAGUACGAGAGCUGACGCGGAUCUACGGCAACGGGACGAUGACGGCCGGGGCGAGGUCACCGAAUAGGAAACAACGCCAACAACAGCCGCAGCCACCGUCCAACUCCAAA